AUGAACUUUGUAUAUCUAUCUCCAAUUUUGGUUCUUCUAGUGCUCCAAGCUUUAUGUUCUUUACCACUUCUAGUAUCUACUCAGACUUCAGGAUUACUUUACCAAGAUAAAGGGGAUUUUGGGGUUGGUGAUACCAAUAUAAAGCUACCCAGUAAUAUAAAGAGUGCACUAGAUAAUAAAAGAAACGAAACUAAAAAUCCCUUUGACUUAUUUUUUAGGGUUGUUUCAAAUCCUGAGCUAAUUAAAAUUAGAGGAACAGGUAAAGUAUCAAAAGAUAAUUUGGAUCAAUUUCAAUUGGAUCAUGUUGAUAUAAGUAUAAAUGAAGACAACAACAGUCAUUUGGUUGAAAAGAAUACUUUUGACUGGGCACUUAAGUCCUCAGAGACAAUAGAUAAGAGUAGUUUAUCUAGUUCUUUUAGUAAAGAUACAUUAUCUAUACUGUCAGAGAAAGAAUGUUCUAAAAUUUCGGAUUCUUUUUUGCGAUUUUUAAAAUCAUGGAAAUCUACCAAUGAGGAGCUGAGCCACAAAGAAUGGAAAGCUUCAUAUAUGAAUAAAUUUAAGGAGAUUGCACUCCCAAAUAUAAUAAAUCCCGUUUAUAAUUCAGAAUUAGAAGGUGCUUCUCGUGGGAUAAUUCAAAGUGAGCUCUUAGCGCAUAGUAAACCAAGUAACGCUGUGAUUGCCAAGAAUAGACCUGAUGGUUUACCAGCUAUGACAUUUUUAGCAAUAGGAUAUGACUAUAUGGCACUUCAAGUUAAAUUUGAUGAAGUUAAAGAUGGUUUCAUUUUUACCUCAUAUCCAAAUUAUAGCCCUGAUAUACCAGAAAUUGCACAUUUAAGACUAAGAGCUUGGGUUACUAGCCAUUAUAAAAAGGUCUAUGACUCAUUAACAAUUAACUCUUCAAAUUUAGAAACUUCCAGAAUGAUUGAAAACAUUAGAAAUUACGGAAUAUUUUUUGUUAUUGAGUUUAGAGAUGAUGCAACAUGUUAUUUGAUAAAAGUUACUUAUAAUGGUACAAAUGAACAAGAUGUGAACUCGGGAAAUAAUACUUAUAGAUAUUUUACACGAGUGAGUAGGCUACUAUUUGCAAGAUUAAAACCUUUUAUACCUUUUAGAUCAAGCUUUGUUCCUACUACUGUUACAGAAUUUCGUUCUUUGUCAUUUAUUGGAAGUCCCUUUUUACUUAAAGAGUCAGCUUCAUUAGAAGAUCAGGUAACCCAGCAAACAUUAUUUUUUUGGUCUGUAGCUGCUGAGGAGUACUACCCAGAUUAUAGGCGUGCAGAUCAUGUUUGCCAUGAGGUUGAUUUAUUUCAAAGUUCUGAACACUCAAAUUUGUGUAUCCUCCCACCUGGAGCAAAAGAUCCUAAAGUCCCAUCACAGUUUUCUUCUCCUUAUAGAACCACAGUAUCAUGUUUUGGACUAUAUCCUGUUGAUACUGUAGCUAUAUUCAAAUCAUUCAAUUUAGUCCGUGUAAAGAUAUGUCAAGUUGAUGGUAAAUGGAGCAAUUCAAAGAUUUUAGAGGAUCAAGUAAAGGCUGUGGUAUAUUUACAAAGAUGUCAGAGUAGAAUCUCACAUAUGUUUACACUUUAUGACCAAGUUAAAACUAAAAAGCUAUUUGAAAAAAUCUAG